UGGUGUUAUCACGGGUGAUUACGGUAGCGUCCAGCUCUCUUGGAUUGUUUGCUGCUCCAGUUUGUGAAAGCACAGAGCGCUGGAUGAGCCUCCUCACUAUCUGCCCUGCUCAAUCACUGUAAUAACGGCAAACAUUACUCUCUGAAGGAAACUCUGGAGACCGCUCCGCUUCCUGCUGUAAACUUUGGGGGACCCCGCAGGACAUUUGGAAGAGUGGAGUAGUGACAGCAGCAUCAUCUGCUACAUUUGGGAUUAGGAGCAAGGUGCAAAUUCUACUAGUAUCUCUAUUCAGUGUGUGCACCAUGGCCUCUAAACCUCAUCCUCCUCUGAUGAAGAAGCACAGCCAGACAGACCUGAUAAGCCGCCUGAAGAGCCGGAAGAUCCUCGGAGUCGGCGGCGAGGAUGACGAUGGCGAAGUGCACCGCUCAAAGAUCAGUCAGAUGCUCGGAAAUGAGCUGAAGUUUGCAGUGCGAGAGCCUAUCGGACUGAGGGUGUGGAUACUCAUCUCUGCAGUGGGUUUCACAGUAAUGGCCUUGAUGGCCCUGGUGUUCCCCAACCAGCUAUAUGAGGUCGUUUUUGAGGAGGAGCUUCCCACGAUUAGCAUCUCCAUUCGCCUUUAUGGAGGCGCACUGCUUAGCCUGGCCCUCAUCAUGUGGAAUGGUCUCUACACAGCAGAGAAGAUCGUCAUCCAGUGGACUCUGCUCAGUGAAGCCUGCUACUUUGCUGUCCAGUUUCUAGUGACGUCCAUCACUUUAAUGGAGAUUGGCAUCCUGCCCAACGCUGCCAUGCUCCUGCUCCUCAGCCGGGUGCUCUUCCUGGUGGUCACCAUGGCUUACUACUACCACCUGGGCCGUAAGCCGAAGAAGAUCUGAGCUGACUGUGUGAAACUUCAAGGGAGGGGACAACUGAGCACAGAUCACAAACAUGGGGUCCGAAGGUUUGGAAUAUUAUUAGAUUGGGGCUCGGAGCAUUACUUUACCAGUGGAUGCCCCCUGCCCCCUUCCAUGGGACCUAGCCUAUUGUAACCCCCAGUAUUCAACAGAUGAGCACAGUCUCACAUUCCAGACUCUACAACAAGAACUAAUAACCUCAUAGUGAAAGUGAAUUAAUCUUUCACCGGGCUGUGAGGUCAAGCCCCUCUUGACACACAUUCCUCCUUUGUGCAAUUCUGUGUGCUGUUCUUACAAAGGAGCUAGCAGUGUGUUGUGCAUUGUGUCACCUAGUUACACGAUUUAAUUUGUACAGUGCAUCUGACUAUGUUGUUCAUGUACAGCCACGUGAUUUCCAGAUUCAGUAUUUAGUAUUAUCUAAAGUUGCAUCUUGACACCAUUUUUAAUCACACUCAAGGAUCAAGAGUUUGUGCUCUAAUUUGUUUCCUGUUUGAUGCUGGUCAUAGCUCAUACUGUAUGUAUGCUGAAGUGAAGCCUGAUAUUUGUACUCUUGCAUGCUUCUCUGACAGAUCUUCAUUGAAUACAAUGAAUGGAAACAAAGCAUCAACAGUGCUUAAGGUAGAAGUCAGGUGCAGGCAGAUAAGCGAAAUGCUGGACGAGUGAUGAUAAACCUUUUCUUAUACUGCUGAGGAAACAUUUAAGGGUCAUUUUUUUACUCUCAAUCAUGUUCAUCAACCUUCAGAUUUAGACUACCCAAACAGAAAAGUUGAAUUUAAACAUUUUUCAGGGACAAAGAUUUUUUAUUCUUUAAGGUAUCAGUCAAGAAGUUCUACCAAAGUGAAAAGGAAUUGUUUUGUACAGAAUAUUUACACUACUGAAAUUAAUAAAUUUAAUGUAGAGAAAUGUGCGUGUGAGCUGACUCAUAAAAGAGAAGCAGAAUAGGCCUUUCCUUGUUAUGUGUGCGUGAGUAGACGGGACUUAAGCAUCAGUGAUCAGACAGAAAGUAUUGAAACAUUCUGAGCUUUACUGUAAAGCUAGCGUCAUAAGCCGAGCAUGUCCGUGUGCAGAGCAAACAAACCUGAGCUGGUUCCUCUUCAGUGAUGUAGCACAGUUUCUACUUAUCCUUAGCCUUAAAACUACUUAAAAGAACAGUCGUCAACACUGCAUCCUACUUCCUGUAUAUAUGUAAAUAAAAUAUUUACUAUUACAUGGUGUUCUUGUGAACAGAACAGGGAACUUGUUCAGUAUUAGUUAAAUGACUUUCAAAGAUUGAUCUCUCUCUUGGUGUGUCUUAUUUUGUACCUAUUUAAGUGACACUUGUGUUCUUGAUGUUAUGCAUGCAAUAUAAUCCACCAAAAGAAACGGCUCAAACUGUGUAGCAAGCUGCCGCCCACUAAAACGCAAAGAUGUAAACGGAGGUGAAUGGAUGCAUUAGCUAAAUAUGGCACAGAAAAACUAAAACAGAACAUUUGAUUUAUAAGACAGUUAAACUAAAUGUGCUGAAAUGCAGAUAUAACUCAACGCUUGACAGUUUUAACCCAAUCAAUAUGUUCAAUACAUUUUCUACCUCCCACUACUUGGCACGCCCUCAGGUACGCGACAUCCCAGCUCAGUGUUUUAGAGCCGUGCCAGCAAUGCUAAUUUGUUUAACUCUGAGCUCUGCAACUCAAAAAAGGCCAGUCAAAAAGACAUUCUAAACAUAGUCGCCUCGUUUUGUAAAUUUAUUUUGAGUUGAACAAGAAACAUACUGUCGGUCUCCUCCAAAGGUGGUCCAUAUUGUUGCAAAUGACCACGUUCAGUCCUGCCCCAGAAGGGAGUGGUCCUGAGGUCACAGUGAUUGUGGGUUUGCCGCUGCAAGUCCAGCGCUGAAGGCAGAUGUGCUUGUUACUUGAGUGAACUUUCAGCUCAGAUAGGGAAAACAUGAAACAAGGGUGAGGUCUCCUGUACUCCUGAAAAGUUGUAAUUAUCCUUUUCCAGUGUUUAAUUAGAUGCAGCUCUCCCGAGUGACAUUGUGUGCCCCAACCCUGCUGCUCUAUCCUGAGUAGCAUGGUAAUUAUGGAGUUUAAAAAAAUGUCAUUCCAUUUCCGUUGAUACUACAGGCCUUAAAUCAUCAGCCCUGCUAAAUGAUCAAAGGUCUGUAAAGCAGGUUAUUUUAGUUGAGAUGGGCAGUGUCAAGGGGGGAUGGGCAGAAGAAGGGAGGCAAAGAAAUGGCUCUUUCAUCCUUCUGGCUCUCUGACGUACAUCAGUCCAAAUAUUACAUUGCUAAGUUGUGUCCUUGACGUUUUAGAGGAAUGGUAAGUUGAGCCAUUCAUUCCCUCUGAUGUAGAUCCAACGUAUAUUGUACUGUUGUGAUUAGCAUACCAGGUCGAACUGUUUCAAGUUGUAGCAUUGUGUUUUUAUGUAUAUAUGUGCUAUAUUGUACCUCAAAAAUGAAUUGUUAUGGAUUUCCACUAUUUAGUUUGAAAUAAAGGACACUACUGUUUAUUUUGACUUUAUUAAGACUUCAAAAGUGAUGUAAACAUAUUUGAUCCUUGUCCUUUCUGAUGGAAAUAUAUACAUAAACAAAUCAUUGUUUUUAUUAUCAAUUAACCUGUAGAUUAUUCUCACAAUUUAUCCAUUGUUUGGUCUGUAAAAUGUUGGGAAAUAGUGAAAAAUCAUAAUUUCUCACAACCUUAAUAUCCUAACGCGAUCAGUCUUAAAUGUGCUUUUUCUGUCUGAACAACGGUGUAAAAUCCAAAUAUUUUUAAUUUUCUCUCAAAUAUAAAGGAAAGCAGAAAAUCCUCACAUUUGAGAAGCUGGAACCAGGGAAUGUUUGGCAUUUUUUGUUUGUGAAUUAUUAAAACAAUGCACCUAUUAUCAAAAUAGCUGUUGGAUAAUCUUCUAUCGAAACACCAAUCGAUUAUUCUACUCAUGGUUUAAGCUUUCAAAUGUGUUGUGAUUGUAAUGUAAAUGAUAUAAUGUUGUGAUUUGUAAUGUAAAUUAUAUAAUCUAUUGAG